UGGGGUUAUCCGAUCCACCCACGAGAAUCGGGUACGGUUAUACUCCGACUCUUAAAUUCAUCUUCCUCCUCAUUUUCAUGGCGACCUGUUUUUCGCCUGCUCGUUCACUCCCCGCCUUUUACCAGCACAUCUGCUUUAACCCCGCCUUUCUCUCCCAUUCCCUUACUCGCCCCAACCUUCUCCUUAGAUCCCGCCCUUGUCACCUCUGGUCCCCGUCUUUCUCUCUCUGCAUUCACACUCUCCGCAAGUCAACUUUCGUCCCUCACCUUCCUGCUCGCAAGCUCAUUAGCUCCGCCCGAUCUUUAUCUGCUCCGGCCUCAUCUGCUGUUUCCGGAAUGGCGGCGGCGGCGACCGAAGACAAUCCUUUGUUGAAGGAGUUCUAUUUCCCACCGUUCGAUUCCAUCAACGCCUCGCACGUCCGCCCAGGAAUUCGCGCCUUGCUCAAGCAACUCGAAGGCGAGUUAGAAGAAUUGGAGAGGACUGUGGAGCCUACGUGGCCGAAGCUGGUGGAGCCAUUGGAGAAGAUCGUUGAUCGGUUGGCUGUGGUUUGGGGUGCCGUUGAUCACCUUAAGUCUGUGAAAGAUAAUCCUGAACUCCGCUCAGCCAUUGAGGAAGUUCAGCCAGAAAAAGUUGCUUUUGCGCUGAGGUUGGACCAAAGUAAACCGAUUUAUAAUGCAUUUAAAGCUAUCAGAGAGUCUCCUGAUUGGCAUGGGCUUAGUGAUGCUCGCAAGAGAAUAGUCGAGGCCCAAAUAAAGGAGGCUGUGCUCAGUGGUAUUGCCCUUGAUGAUGAUAAAAGAGAGAGAUUCAAUGAAAUUGAGCAGGAUUUGUCAAAUCUAUCACGAAAGUUUGGCGAGAAUGUCUUAGAUGCCACGAAGAAGUUUGAAAAAUUAAUAACUGACAAGAAAGAAAUUGAGGGGUUGCCAGCUACAGCUCUUGGUUUGGCUGCUCAGACAGCAGUGUCUAAAGGGCAUGAAAAUGCUACUGCUGAACUUGGGCCUUGGAUUAUUACAUUAGACGCCCCUAGUUAUAUGUCGGUAAUGCAACAUGCAAAAAAUCGCCUGUUACGCGAAGAGCUUUACCGUGCCUACCUAACUCGUGCUUCAAGUGGAGAUGAUGAUAACACCGCAAUUAUUGACCAAAUUCUAAAGCUUAGGUUGGAGAAGGCUAAGCUUCUGGGGUAUAAUAACUAUGCAGAGGUAAGCAUGGCUAGGAAAAUGGCAACUGUUGAUAAAGCAGAAGAGCUUCUGGAAAAACUUCGCAGUGCUUCUUGGGAUCCUGCAGUUCAAGAUUUUGAAGACGUUAAAGACUUCUGCAAAAGUAUAGGUGCUCCAGAAGCUGAUGAUUUGAACCAUUGGGAUAUUGGUUUUUGGAGUGAGAGGCUUCGUGAAUCAAAGUACGAAAUAAAUGAGGAAGAAUUGCGCCCAUACUUUCCACUACCAAGGGUAAUGGAUGGUCUUUUUAAGCUUGCCAAUAAGCUUUUUGGUAUAUAUGCUGAACCAGCUGACGGUCUAGCUCCGGUGUGGGACAAGGAUGUCCGGUUCUACCGUGUGAAUGAUUCAGCAGGCAGCCCAAUUGCAUACUUUUACUUUGAUCCCUAUUCACGUCCAGCUGAGAAGCGUGGUGGUGCAUGGAUGGAUGAAGUUGUUGGUCGAAGCCGUGUAAUGGCUUUAGAUGGUGCUUCUGUUAGGUUGCCUGUUGCCCAUAUGGUCUGCAAUCAAAUGCCACCUGUGGGGGACAAGCCGAGCCUGAUGACAUUCCGCGAAGUUGAGACUGUAUUCCACGAGUUUGGCCAUGCUCUUCAGCAUAUGUUGACUAGGGAGAAUGAAGGCAUGGUUGCUGGUAUACGCGGCAUAGAGUGGGAUGCUGUAGAAUUGCCAUCCCAGUUUAUGGAGAAUUGGUGCUAUCACAGGGAUACAUUAAUGAAUAUUGCUAAGCAUUAUGAAACUGAAGAGUCUCUUCCUGAAGACAUAUACAAGAAACUCCUUGCUGCUAGGACUUUCCGUGCUGGAUCCCUUAGUCUCCGUCAGUUAAGAUUUGCAACAGUGGAUCUAGACUUACAUUCGAAAUACAUCCCAGGCGGUUCAGAGUCGAUAUUCGAUGUUGACCAACGGGUCUCGAAGAAGACGCAAGUGCUCCCUCCUUUACCAGAUGAUAGGUUCCUUUGUAGUUUCAGCCACAUCUUCAGCGGUGGAUAUGCUGCUGGGUACUACAGUUACAAGUGGGCAGAGGUUUUGUCUGCUGAUGCUUUCUCUGCAUUCGAGGAUGUUGGACUAGAAAAUGAAAAGGCGGUCCAAGAAACAGGAAGAAGAUUCCGGGAAACUGUGCUGGCACUUGGAGGUGGCAAAGAUCCACUGGAGGUUUUUGUUAAAUUCAGAGGACGAGAACCUUCCCCAGAGCCACUUCUCAGGCACAAUGGCCUCUUACCAGCUGCUGCAGUUGCAUAAAAAUGUAUACACGGGCCUUCUAACCUGCCAUGAAAGGCAAGCGGCCUCUUCAAGGUCUCCAGCUCUUGAGGAUUAGCUGGAUUUUCCCCUUAUUUAGUUCAUGGUAGUUGAAUAUGCAGAGCCUAAUGUUAUGCACAUUAUCGGACUCCUUUUUGGUACAUGGGAAGGAACUCAAGUGAAGGACUUGGAGAAAAUGAACAGAACGAUGUUUUCAUUCUUCAGAA